AUGAAACACCUUCUGUCACUUUUUAAGGUUUCCUUAUUUUUUCUCUUAAUAUUUAAAUAUUCAUACAAGAAUAUAGUAAAAAAAGGUCGACAAGAUAAUUUUAACAAAUCGGCCAUAACAAAAUAUAUAACAAGUCGAGCACUAACGGAAAAUAAUAAAAAAUGUGACAUUAAAGAUAUGCAUACUUCAAUAUUUACUGGAAAUAAAAAUCCACAAAUAAGAGGAAAAAAAUUUAAGACAAAAAAGGAAGAAGAAAAACAAAAGGACAAUACAAAAGAAGAUAAUGAUAAUAAUAUGGAAAAGGAGAUGGGAGAUCAUAUGAAGGACCAUAUGAAAGAACAUAUGAAAGAAAAUACGAAAGAUGAUACAAAAGAUGAUACAAAAGAUCAUAUAGAUGAUCAUAUGAAAGAUCAUAUGAAAGAAAAUACGAAAGAUGAUACAAAAGAUCAUACGAAAGAUCAUAUGAAAGAUCAUAUGAAAGAUCAUAUGAAAGAUCAUACGAAAGAUGAUACAAAAGAUCAUAUGAAAGAUCAUACGAAAGAUCAUAUGAAAGAUCAUAUGAAAGAAAAUACGAAAGAUGAUACAAAAGAUGAUACAAAAGAUGAUACAAAAGAUGAUACAAAAGAUGAUACAAAAGAUGAUACAAAAGAUGAUACAAAAGAUGAUACGAAAGAUGAUACGAAAGAUGAUACGAAAGAAUAUAUGGACUAUAUAUUGAAACAUCACAAUUCAUUAGAAGACAGCAUAAAAGAAUACUAUGCUUCAACAGAACCAUCCGUUGAUGAUGAAAAUAAAUCAUUUUUUAAAAAAAUCAAAUUAAUUAUGAAUAUAUUAGAUGAUACACAUUCUGAUUUAUUAGUAAAUAAUCAUAUUACAAAUGGAGGUAUUUUUUCACCAGAAUUUGUACCUAUAGGUGUUUUAUCAUCCAUGACAGCAGCCUGUCCGCUUAUUGGAACUGUGACGCUUCCUUAUAUUGCCAGGACAAUAAAUUUUAUGACCAAAUAUAAAGGAGAAAAAAUAUACACAGAACAGAAAUCAAAAUAA